AUGAAGGAAUAUAAAGUUGUCGUACUCGGGCCGGGUGGUGUCGGAAAAUCAGCCUUAACAGUACAGUUUUGCCAUUCGAAAUUUGUUGAAAAAUAUGAUCCGACGAUUGAGGAUUUCUAUCGAAAAGAAAUACAAGUCGAUACUGAACCGGCUUAUUUGGAAAUACUUGAUACCGCUGGUACUGAACAAUUCGCAUCUAUGCGCGAUCUCUACAUAAAAAAUGGUCGUGGCUUUCUGGUUGUAUUUAGUUUAACAUCUUGGCAAUCAUUUCUCGAUGUUCGACUCGUACGCGAACAAAUUAUCCGUGUCAAAGGUACGGAAAGUGUACCGAUUUGUCUCGUUGGGAACAAAUGCGAUGCAUCGCUACAGCGGCAAGUGACUCCUAACGAUGCUUUAGCUUUAGCCCAAACCUGGAACUGUCCGUAUAUUGAAACGUCGGCCAAACUAGCCAUAAAUGUCAAUGACAUCUUCGCCGAAAUCGUACGAGAAAUCAAUACAAAAAUCAAAAUGAAACGAAGUCAAAAGAAAAAAAAGAAAUAUCGAAAAUCACUUCUUAGUUGUUGUACAUCGUCGUGA